AUGUCUCCCGAAACCGCACAACUUACUACGAACAACUCCUCUAUACAAGGCUCUCCAGAAGGCCUGCGGGGCCGUGAUGCCGAAUUCACCCUUCCUCCAUUCGAGCUCCCCGAAUCGAUCGUGUCGCGCAAAUCGAGUCAGAGUGCUAUGAGUGAGGCUAUGUCCAUGAGCAAGUCUCCUGGACUGAUCCGAAGACUCUCCAACCGUGCAACGCAGUUUGCAGGUCGCCGACGUCAAUCGUCAACUACCGCAAUGAGUCGGGAUCAUAGCACAGGGCCUGUCAUAAUGCGACGGAGAAGUGAUAGCACCAACACAGCUCCAGAAGGAGGCAAAGGAGCUUUAUUCUCCGACUCGGAUGAUGAAAUUGAACUUGGAAAUCUUGAUAGCUACGGAGGUCCAUAUGGACUUGGCAUUGACUUUCCAAGCACCACAGCAUCCAUCGGUUCCUCCACCGUCGCAAGCAGCGCUCCUGCUCCUGGUCCAGUCAUCCCUUCCAUUCUCUUGCAAGGCACGGCGAUGACAAAAAUCACCAAGAAGAAAAAGAAACUCUUGACUUUUGUUCUGGAGCGUGAAGCUGCCAAGGUAUCUUGGGACAAGAAUCGACCGUCGAAAUCUCUCUAUAUCGACGAUAUCACAGAGAUUCGAGUAGGCAUUGACGCAAGAAAUUACCGCCAAGAACAUGGAAUCUCCGAGGCUGAUGAGACGAGAUUCUUCACGAUCAUUUACAAUGUUCCCGACAAAUCCAAAAGCAAAUCACAGAAACUUAUGCAUCUGAUCGCCAGUGAUGACCAGACAUUUGAAUUGUGGACAACGACACUUGAAGCCAUCUCAAAACACCGUCAAGAACUCAUGGCUUCACUAUCGUCUUUUCACGAGAAAGCGGUGAAAGCGCACUGGCGCACCGAGAUGAACAGACGAUCUCCAGAGAGUUCUCAUCUCGUGGACGAAGAGAUUGAAUUUGUCGGCGUUGAGAGACUGUGCCGCUCGCUCCACAUCUACGGCUCGUCUGAUUACCUCCGUACUAAAUUCGAACAAGCCGAUGUCUCACGUUCCGGCCGUUUGAACUUCGUCGAGUUCCAGGAAUUCGUCAAGCUUAUGAAGCGACGAGAAGACGUACGAGCAAUCUAUCGAGAAUUGACAGCCGAUACUGAGAAGGGCAUCACCAUCGAAGAGUUCUUCCGCUUCCUUGUCGAAGUCCAAGAUGAGGAUGUUGAAAGCAAUCGCAGUCACUGGGAAUCCGUCUUCGCUAAAUUCGCUCGCAAGUCGAAACCAAGAGAACAAACACAGCAAGAAGGCAGCGAUGCCGAGAUUCCACGAAUGAAUGAGGCUGCACUAUCCAGCUUCAUGAUCUCUACUUUCAACCUCCCUCUGGACAAUGCGCCUGCCGAGUACUCCCUUGAUCGACCGAUGAACGAAUACUACAUUUCGAGUUCUCACAACACCUACUUGCUCGGUCGCCAAGUAGCUGGCCAAUCUAGCGUGGAGGCCUACAUCUCAGCCCUGAAUCGAGGCUGCAGAUGUGUAGAGGUUGACUGCUGGAACGGAAGCGGUGGUGAACCUGUCGUCAUGCACGGUCGGACACUCACCAGCCAAGUCUCUUUCGCUGAUGUGAUGUCCACCAUUAGCAAGUACGCCUUCGUCAAGUCUCCCUAUCCAUUGUGGGUAUCGCUAGAGGUCCACUGCAAUCCUCAACAGCAAGCAAUCAUGGCUGAGAUUAUCAAGGAGACCUGCGGUUCGAAGUUGGUCACUCAGCCAAUUGAUCCAACAUCGGAACAGCUUCCCUCGCCGUCAGAACUACUCGGUCGCAUUUUGAUAAAGGUCAAGAAGCCUCGAAUGUUUGAGGACGCUGUAGUUAUGGAACAGACUGUCGGUCGAAAUCGAGGCAACAGUCUCAAUUCGCCACUCGUUCGACCUCUUCAGCUCGACAAUUCUACCGUUUCAGCCGGUCUUCUGCCGCCAAGCCCAUAUGUCCGAGCAAAUAGGAUCAUGACGCGCAGUCAAUUAAAGUACUCUGGAAGCGAAGGUCAAGAUAGCUUGAGCAGCAGCACGAGCGAUAGCGAAAGUCUCACAGAAGAUAUUGCUCGAGCAAAGGAUAGUACGCGCAGGAAUAAGACGAGCAAUAUCAUCAAAGUCCUCGGAGAACUUGGUGUCUACAGCAUGGGUCUAAAGUUUCACGGCUUCGAUGCUCCUGAAAGCAAGACAUACAAUCACGUCUUCAGCUUCAUGGAGAAUACUUUCGACAAGAACAGCAAGACUCAGGAUGAUAAGCGUAUCAUCACUCGUCACAACAUGCGCUACAUGAUGCGAGUCUAUCCCAAUGGAUGGCGUGUUGCUUCAACGAACUUUGAUCCCCUCAAGUAUUGGCGACGCUCGGUACAAAUGGUUGCCUUGAACUGGCAGACGUAUGAUCUUGGAAUGCAGAUGAACGACGCGAUGUUUGCUGCUGGCACAGAUCAAUCGGGUUACGUCCUCAAGCCAAGCGAAAUCCGAGAGAUCAAGAUGCUCCCAACUGUUCCCGAGGAAGCUGGGGAUGGUCACGUCAAGAGAGAGCGGAAGAAUGUCACCUUCUCCAUCGAUGUCGUAUCGGCACAACAGCUUAUGCGACCCAAGACUCUUGCCUCGAACCGUUCUGUCGACCCUUACGUCGAAGUCGAAGUCUACCACGCAGAUGACAAGGACAAGGAAAACAAGGGCGUUGUGGGUGAAGGUGGUCUUGAUGCUUCUGGCAAGGAUGGAUCAUCGGGCCUUGGUACACCUCAUAGAAGACGUACUCAAAUUGUCCGAGAGAAUGGUUUCAACCCAAUCUUUGACAAGAAGUUCAACUUCACCCUCACGACCAAGCAUCCCGAAUUGGUCUUCGUUCGUUGGACUGUCAGAUGCUCAACAGAUGGCAACAGCUACAAUGAAAAAGGCGCGCCACUUGCUACGUACACUGCAAAGCUGUGCAGCCUCAAGCAAGGCUACCGUACUCUGCCUCUCUACGACAACAACGGCGAUCAAUUCUUAUUCUCGACUCUCUUCUGCCGCAUCAAGAUCGACCCUGCUACCAGCAUCUACGUCAAUGGUCCCGAAGCUGCCACCACCGACAGCGUGGGAGUCCUCAAGACCAUCGGCCGCACCGUCUGGAACCGCUCACCCAUGUCACCAAAAUCCUCUAUGGACAGCGGUCACCAAUAA